GUUCUAAAUCUUUCUUGUUUCUUAUCAGAAUUAUGGAUCCCGCUGGUGGGCAUGUACCUCGUCGAGCUCGUUCUGGUAUAGGGGGAGGACUUGAGCAAUUGGCUAAUGUUUUGCGAACUGCCCUUACUGGUAGAUCAUCGAAUCGCACCUAUAUUGAGAUUGCUACCAGUCAUGGUAUUCCAGAGCUUAAGGUAGUGGGAGCCUGUCCGGAGGCUGAGGAAUGGUUAGAACAGGUGGAAGAUACUCUGGAGGGUAUGAGAUGUCCACCAGGUGAGUGGGCGGAGACUGCUGGGUUUUUUCUUAAGGGUCCUGCAAAGAUUUGGUGGAAAGGAGUGAAGCAUUCUCGUCCACGAGGCACUUCGAUGACUUGGGUGGCAUUCCGGAAAGCUUUCAGUGCACAUUUUCUGAGUCCCAGUUAUCAGUUGAGGAUGAGACAACAAUUUCUGGAGUUUCGUCAAGGCGAUCUGAGUAUCACAGAGAUGGAUAAUACUUUUCGACGCCUGUCGAGACACCAUCCGGUGACUUAUGAUAACCCGAGUGAGAAGAUGGUUCAGUUGCUGGUUUGUUUGAACCCUGAUUAUCGUGAACGAGUGGCAGCCAUAAGGCACAGAAGUUAUGAGGAAAUGAUUGAGACUUGUUUGAGGAUUGAACAAUCUAGGUGGGAGACUCAGCACCAGGAGGAGCAGGCGCAGUAUCAGGAACCACCCAGAUAUCAGGAACAACCUCGGAACCAGAACCAGAGAGGUCGUGGUUUUAGAUCUCGGAGUGUGAGGGAAUCUGGUAGCUCUUCUAACUUUGUUGGCCCUAGACACUCUCAUUCUUUCAAACGUUAGGGUCAAGGUUCAGGUUCUUCCAGCGAGGGUUCGGGUAAUGAAUCAGGGAGACGAUCUUUCAGUCAUUUCCGGUCGCAGGUUACAUGCCACAGGUGUGGAGGCAUGGGACAUAUUGCCAGAUUUUGCCCUUCAGGACAGCCUGCUGAGAGUUAUGCAUCGGUGCCGAGUUAUGGUGGAGGGAGUAAUCCGAGUUCUAGCUAUGGAGGUAAUUACACUCAGAGCUAUGGUGGAAGUGGAAGUGGAAGUCAGAAUACCCAAUUUUCCACUCAGAGACAGCCGCAACAGUUUGGUGCAGCUUCGAGUAGCCGCUCUCAGGGGAAUCGAGCAGGCCGUAAUAAUCAAGGUUUCAGAGCUCGUGGUAACCGUAACAGUGGUGGAGGACGUCAGUUUCAUGGACGUAUCAACGCCAUGACACAGCAGGAGGCUGAUCAGGAUCCUCAAGUCAUUACCGGACCUACGAACGAGGAUUACGAUAUAAGCUACGAGGCCUUUCCCUACCAGUGAUCCAGUGCUAUACUUCUUCUGCUUCGACAUCUUUUGUAAUAUAGCACAUCUCUAUCUUAAAUUAUGUUUGUACUCUGUAAUAGACGUAUGCUCUGACAUUAUGCGUGGAUCCUAAUGUUGUUAAUUAGAAGUUGAUUUGGUAGUA